UCCAUGCAUCUGUCAAGAAGGAAAGGCAGUUUCUCCAGCCCUGACGGAGUAUCCAUGAAGCAUAUCCCGCUCAGGAGCAACAACCUGACCACGCGGCUCAUGUUUGUGAGGGAUUCGAUCAAUAGAAAUCAAUGGGAAUCAAUGCUUUGCUUCGUCCAACCCGUCAUACCCUCCGGCAAGAGGAGCUUGACCUUAAAUGGAUCCCUGAACGUGUUCAGAGCAGAGGAAUAUAACGCAACAGUGGAGUUCUACUGGGCGCCUUUCUUGGUGGAAUCCAACUCCGACGACCCAAAGAUGCACAGCAUAUUGAAUCGGAUUAUAAUGCCUGAAUCGAUCGCCAAACACGCAGAAAAUUGGAGGGGAGUUGACGUUUUGAUCUUCAAUACAUAUAUCUGGUGGAUGAACACAUUCAAGAUGAAAGUUCUAAUUGUGAGGAACAGAGGAAGUAUAUGCAGAUGGAUGCUUAAUUGCAUGGACAAACAAAACUAUACCGGUUUUGAAGAGGUUUUUGUAGUCAGGGUAGAUUUUGCUGCCAAGUUUGAUUAUUGUAAGGUAUGCUUCGUAAAAUGGUUAUCUGAAUAAGUUGGAUUAUUGCAACAUUGUGUGUUAUCCUUGUCUAAAUUAAUGUUACAAAGUGCAUCAUAAAGAAUUCUGUAUUUCUGGUAUUGCUUGCUUGUGGCAUGUCACAAGGAGAAGAAUCAUUUGCUUUGUUUUUUGCACUUGGGAGUUCAAAUGACUUAUGUGUUGUUGAAUGUAGCUAACGUUGAUAACCUUUCGUCAAAAAUUUGGUAUAGUAAUGACGCAUGUUGUGAAAUAGUACACUCAGUAGGAAUUUUUGUCCUGGAA